AAGAUGUCGACGGCUGCCAUCAUGCGUAUUCCAGUGAUCUCAAACAUCGCGCUGUUAUCGGAAAAAGUUCGUGCAGCGCUGGCGGCAUUGCCGUCAUCGGCGAUUGAAAACCUCCGCAUUGAAAUCGUGCCUGUGAGCACUUCAGCGUUGACCGGACCUGACGCGGUCGACGUCGCCACUUUGGAGCUGCUUCGCGACGCCCAAGUCAUCUUGGGCGACCCAAAGCAUGUCCUUCCUGCCCUGCCGUAUGCUUUAAACGUGAAGUGGGUGCAGUCAACGUUCGCGGGUGUGGAAGCCGUUUUGACACAGCCGCGUCGCGACUUCACCCUCACACGCGCUGGCGGCAUCAUGGGGCUGCACAUGGCACAAUACGUCCUGGGAUGGGUGAUUUCAAAGGAGCGCAAGUUCCACUUGGCGCCGCUCCACCAAGCCAACCACGAGUUUCGUUCCCACGACAUGCGCUAUCGCCAUUACCACGACGUCACCGUGGGCAUCCUUGGCCUGGGGGACAUCGGGUCGUCCAUUGCGUCGCUCGUGUCCACGGCGGGGUUUCGUGUCAUCGGACUCAAACGAUCGUCCUCCCAACCAGCGACGACUGUGCCCACCACCACAGACUUGCACGAGCUGCUGGCCCAGGUCGACUACGUUGUGAACGUUCUCCCAAGCACCAUCGACACCCGCGACCUCCUCUCUCGCGACACCUUUCAAGCCUGCCACAUCAAGAAGCCGUGCUUCAUCAACGUCGGUCGCGGCGAUGUUGUGGACGAAGCGUCGUUGGUGACUGCGUUAGACCAAGGUUGGCUAUCCAGCGCCGUCUUGGACGUGUUUGCAAUCGAGCCCUUGCCUCACGAAAGUGCAUUGUGGUCGCAUAAACACGUGACGAUUACGCCCCACGUGGCGGCGCUGAGCAUGCCGGAGGAUGUCGCGGGAGUGUUUGCUCGAAACCUGUCACAUUUUCACGCCUCGACACCCCUAGAGUAUGUAUUUCAGUGGUCCCGGGGGUAUUAAUACUAACUAGUCCCGAAUAUUUUUCG